AUGUUCAUAUCAUCCAAACGUAACGACGUCACAACGUCAUUCCCCUUUAUCGCCGGCGACUACACAAUACACCUUCGGUACCCACUGGUUUACCGUCUGAUUUGUAGGGCUCGCAGCUUUGACCGCGUUCCAUUCUACAUGGCGUCAAGAGAAAGACUCGAGACUCCCAAAAUGUCACCCCGGCCGAUAUCACGCCUCUUAUAUCCCACCCUGUCCCACGAGCCCCCGUCCCAGAAGCGGCUCCCCGGAGCGGUCCCAAUCGAACGACCCAGGCGUCGGAGGUCUGACUGCUUCCAGACUGGCACGCCUCACCAUCUCAGACGGCAAAUCAACGUCCACAAUCGCAUUGGUUCACCAUCAUGUCAUAGGCAGUCAUUUGGAAAUAUCGAAAUCUCGAUUGACAGCAAUCGGUAA